GUCAAUAUUUGCGUUAAGACCCGGAUAUUAUUUACAACCUGCUCACAGUUCAACCAUCAGACAGGCAGAGUGGUGAUGAGUUGGUGCAUCCAUGAACACACGUCGGCGUCACGGUCCUAAAAGCAGCCAGGACGGGGUGUACACUGGGCCAUCUCAGACCCAGUCCCAGCUGGUCCAGCAGCUGGAAACCCCCCUGGCUGUCCCAGCACCCAUCGUCCCGGUCGUAGACACAUUCAGCAUGUCCUGCCGAGACCGUACCAGCGAGUUUCAGUCUGUGUGCAAGUCCCUGCAGGGGAGACAGAAUGGAGCACAACCUGUCCGAGCUGUCAACAGUGCAGUCAAACAGCGGAGUGAAUUCACGCUCUUGGCCAAGCGAAUUGGAAGAGACCUCAGCAACACUUUCGCCAAGCUGGAGAAGCUCACAAUCCUUGCCAAAAGAAAGUCCCUUUUUGAUGACAAAGCAACUGAAAUUGAUGAACUCACCUACAUUGUGAAACAGGACAUCAACAGUCUAAAUAAGCAGAUAGCUGGUCUGCAGGAACUCGUUCGAUCACGGAGUGGACAGAAUGGCAGACAUCUUCAGACACAUUCCAACACCAUCGUUGUCUCAUUACAGUCCAAACUGGCAUCGAUGUCAAGUGACUUUAAAUCAGUCCUGGAAGUCAGAACAGAGAACCUGAAACAGCAAAGAAGCAGGCAAGAGCAAUUUUCUCAGACUCCUGCCUCAUCCUCGGCUUACCACACCAACAGCUUUAACAAUUCGGUGCUUAUGCAGGACGAUUCCAAGAAGACGGAUAUAUCUAUAGAUAUGGACCUCAGCUCCAGUCAGCAGAUGCAGUUAAUCAAUGAACGGGAUUCAUACAUUCAGAACCGCGCAGACACUAUGCAGAAUAUAGAGUCCACUAUUGUGGAGCUCGGCUCCAUAUUUCAGCAGCUGGCUCAUAUGGUGAAAGAACAGGAAGAGACUGUACAGAGAAUUGAUGCUAAUGUGGAGGACACUCAGCUGAAUGUGGAGCUAGCGCAUACAGAGAUACUCAAAUAUUUCCAGUCUGUGUCCAACAACCGCUGGCUGCUCAUCAAGAUGUUCUUAAUCCUCAUCAUUUUUUUCAUUGUCUUUGUGGUUUUCAUGACCUGACAUCCAUUCUCAAGAUUUAAAUUGAAUUGGGUGAUUCUCAGUAUUUGAGGAAUGAAAGAGGCCAUUCUGUCAGUCUGUUUCUUUCUUUUCUCUGUUCUUUGUAUCCUCACUGGCUGCCGAGCUCUCUUUUAGUGAUCUUUGGAUGGAUGGAAUUUAAUAUUUGUAAGCCUCAAUUCACUAUAUGUGGGGCAUUUGUCAGGUUGUAGUCGAUUUAAAACAGUUUGUCCAUUUAAAUUUCAAUCUGAUAUGUUUAUCUGUUGAGGAAACUUUUGAAAUGAUGUCCCAUAUUUUGGUUUGGACAGAUUACAGAGAUAUGCGUGAGUAAAGCCAGCAGUCUUCUCAUGGAUAAAGAACCACCUUUUUAACUGAUUCUGGUUUAUUUUUGAUUGGUAUUAAUCAUGUUACACAUCUUCAGACAUCAUGUGUUCUGAGACCACUAUGCCAUCUCAAAUGACGAUAGUGCUUCUAUACUUUUUAUUGUGACUCUGCCUAGAGGUUUUAAUGUGUAUUCUUUCAAUUUUUGAUUACCACUGUUGCAAAACUUCUGAAUACAUCUGGUUCAGCAGGUAAGAAUUCAGUAUUUGGAGCUAGUGACCUUUCCCAUUUUUGGUCUUAAAUCAUGAUUAUUAAACAAUACAAACAGGAUAUAUAUUUUUUUUUUACAUUUUAAUCAUCUUUCACAAGCUUGUUUGUACACUACCGUUCAGCUUAUCAAAAUGUCUCUGUGUACCGUCUCAGGGGGUCCAUGAAAGUACUGCUUUCCAGAUCUCAACAUAAAUGAUGUUUUCGCGAGAAUACUCCCAUCUGUGUUUAACUGGAGAUUGAGAUUGGGGGAACGUCCCACCCCACCAUUUGUGAAAUGCAUAUUGUACAAUGGAAGAACUGAAAAAAAAAAAAGGAAAUACAAAUGUAUGCUUUGUUGUAA